GAGGCCACUGUGCGGGGCAGGGAGGGGGCUCCUGUGGGUCUGAUGUCUGUGGGGCAGGACCCGACACACCACCACUGUCAUGUGACACAUGCAGGGUCUUUGGCUCCAAGACAGAGCUGCCCUGCACAGGGGGCCGCCCAGCCUCUGCAGCCUUGUGGGUAAAAUGGGGCGGCCCAGAGGCCUUGUGGGGGCGGGAGGACCCCACUCGGACCUCUGGGGCCCGGAACACACUGAAUUCCUCCUACCAGGAAGGAUAGGAGACUCCCAGGAUUCGAUGGCAUCUGUGUCCACUUGCUGGAAGGGUGUGGAUGGAACAGAGGGCGCUCACAGGCCCUGGGAGGAGGGACGGGGUGGCAGGAAGGGAAGCAGCAGGUCCCCCAAAAGGGAACUGAAAGAAAAGACUGUCCCAACGAAACCCAGACAUUCCUGUUAUUCCUUCCCAUGAGACCAUCUGAGUUCAUGUACAGAUGAAAUACAAACCAUGGAGAACACUGCGGUCUCAGACUAUGAAUUCCCGGGCAGCCUAGGAAACUUUGUUUCCUGUCCUGUUUUGCUUGCGAGCCCCAGGCUCCCUGAGGGCGGGGCAGGGGUUCUAGGAAACUCCCGGACCCGGGGCCUCUGGAAACAGGACGUUUGUCACUGGAUAAUGAGUUUGCAAGGAUGGAUACCCCUCUUACCCAGUGAUUUUCUCAGCAACGAAAUGUAGGCUUUCUCUUUCUUUCCUUUUUAAUUAACUGGAGAAAUAUGUGAAAUUACGUAGAGUUUCACCAUCAACAUGUGGGUUGAAAGAUUAUGUAGCAAAGAAAGAAGGAAAAAAGGAAGAAACAAGGAGGAAGGAAGGAGAAAUGGCAGAAACGGAAAGUUUUAUGUUGAAACUUGAAUGUUAAAGUUUCUCUUCUUUACAUCCUGACUCUGGAUCACAGCCCCCUGGGCCCCGGCCGUCUGUUCUUCUGUCCUUCUGUCCCUCCUUUCGGGGCUUAGCCCCUUCUGCUGCUCUGCGAACUCUCACUCCUUCCUCCCCCUGAGUCUGCUUCCCGCCCCUGGAGCCCAGGCUCACCAUCCAGCCUGGGGGGCAGCCUCUCCCCUACAGCCUGCAGGCUGAGCCUCCCCCCUGCCUGCUUCCCUCUUCCCAGCAGGUGCCCGGGGCCCUGUCCUGCCAAAGCCCAACAGGUACUUGGGUCCCUUUCCCAGGGGAUGAGCUGGGGCAGGAGAGCCCAGAAGUGCUGGGACCCGCUGAGCAGACAGCAGGUCUGCAGGGAGAGCCCCUGUGUAGGGCAGGGUAGGGCAGAGCAGGGGGAGGGCUGCAGGCAGCUCCUGCAGGGAAAGCCCUAGGCUGAGGGAGGGACUGUCUCCAGGCCUGGCUCUGUCUUCCAUGACCCAGGAUAGGUUUACCCUGGACAGACCCCCUGCUCUGUGAAAGUUCCCCUCCAAGGCCCUCCCAGCUCUGACAUCUGGCACCGGCUGCCUCCACCUGGAUGACACUGUCCCUGGGUUCCAAGGUCUAUGCUCUGUGUCUCUGCUCCUGAGCAGGGUCUCCAAGAGCACAUGUAAAGGACAGCAGCCCUUCCCCAGGGUUUGCACACUUGGUCUACACUGCAGGCUGAGAACACAAGCCACAGCCUGAGCCGACAAGAAGCCACUAACCUCCGGCCUGGCCACAGCUGUGCAUCUCCGCCCGUGUCCCCUAGGAGAGGCCACCCUCCUGCUCCCUGCUCCCCGGGCACUGGGCCCUCUCCACCCAGCCUGGGGGACUGAGACACUCACUAUUGGGUCAGAAUUGCAGGGGAACAGCCCGUGGGAGGGAUCCGCACUAGGGGCUGAAUCUUGUCCCUCCGGGAGCCCAGUGCACAGUCCGCACCCCCACACCCCAACCCGGAUGGAACAAGGACUUUCCCUGACUUCACGGCAGUUGCACCAAACGCUGCCUGUUUCCACCUUAGCUCAGCCCUGACUGUGUUGGCGGGUGCUGACCUUGGGUCUCACUGGAUACUUUAUUUGGCCCACGCUUCCCUGAGGGAGCCAGCAGGGGUGAGGGCCCAGGCAGAGAGAGUCAGAGUGCUCCCCUUCCUGGCCCUCAGGAGACUCCAGGUGCACUUACCUGCAUGUGCUGUGUUUGCGGCUGCUGAAUAAACACACACACCCUGAGCUCUGACUCUUGGGGAGCCGUGGAGGGGGGCCCCCACCCCCCUCUGCUUCAGUCAGCUGCGUCACCGUGUGCUGCUGUGAUGGGCACACAGUACUGUCACCGCCUGGAGGAACCUGCUGGAGAGAGGGGGAAACGCCCACACCAUGUAGAGACCAUAUUAUCAAUUGUUCUCAGCCCAACCCUGGGGUAAGUGGGUGCCACCCCCCUCAUCUCGAGGACCCCUCCCCCCCACUGCACAGGUGCGCUAGUCACUGCUGAGGUAGACUUGACACGGACCAUGGAACCAGCUGCUGUGGGCACAGCCAUCCCCCAGCCGACUCUGGCUCCCGUGGCUGCCUGUGAGGUCACAGCCUGGGUGUCUGUCUCCAAGACCCACCCCUGAUCCCAGGUAGAGACCCCAAAGAGGCAGCUGGUGGGGAGAGCUGGGCUCCGUCCUGGGACCUGGAAGUUGGGGGCGACCCCAGCUGUGCUGGGUCAAGAGAAGCAUGGACGGAAUGAGAGCAGCUCCCGGGAAGGGAAAGCUCUCAGCUUCUGAAAUCCUAGCACCGUUGUCCAGGGGAGCACCAAAAAGCCCUAAAAAUAAAUGAGAAUAAAUCCUACUUCCUGAGGAUAAUGGCAGGGCCAAGUGUCCAUGGACAGAGGCGAUGUGCAAAUUGGAAAGGAGUUACACAAUCUGUGUUAGAAAACAGACUAAUGUUCUUACAACAGGUGCGGCUCCUAUAAACUAAGGGGCCACAACAAGCCAAGGAUGCAAGCCGACAGCUCGCAGCCCACAGAAAGGGAGGUGACAGCAGUAAUGGGCCAGGACCACCAGCUUCCUGACCCAGAGACGCUCAUUAACAGAUCAUGGGAGAUAACGUUCCCUCAUCAGUUUGGCAGAAGGCAGAACGUUUGAUCACUGUGUGUUGGGGGGAAUUCCCAGCCUUACGGGCAGAGCUGCAGCCACUGUCACUCCCAGGAGGGCCCUGGGCCUGCCCAUCCCAAGUGCGCACCGACCCCGACAUGCACGUGUCCGCACGUGACGCAUCUACACCCGUGUGUGCAGAGACCCCGGUCGUAGGCUGCUCGGUGCCACAGUGUCUGCAGGGACGAGACCACAGCGGAGCUCCCGUCACACGUGCAGAGACCGUGGGCCCCACGUGGGACCGUGUGCAGCCGGGACGUGAGACGCGUCCACGUGUGGGGACGCAGUGUGGACCCUGCCGGAUCGUGCAGGGGAGCGGGGGGGAGCAGCGUGUGGGGUGCGCGGUCGGGCACGUGGAGACACACAGGGUACUUCUGAGGGGACGUGCACGGCCUGGAACCGCAAUGUCCGUGGAGGGAAGUGCACCGCGGGAUCCAGGUCAGGGCCGGACUGCGCGUCGAUCCCUGUCGCCCUCCGUUACGUGGGUGUGCGGUCCGCUCACAGCCUGCUGCAGGGAGAGUCGCGUGGGGCGGGGACGCAGCUUCUCCUCCUUCCCAGGGGACAGUCCGCUGCAGGCUGCCGGCACUGAAGGUCCUGAGGAUUGCUCCCUCUGCGACUGUGACAGAGCAGCAGACACGCAGGGACUGGGGUCGUGUGCGUGGGGGACGCGGACCUGCCCUGUUGGCCGGGCAGCAGCAGGGGGUGCAGCCGACGGGAGAUGCGGGGGCGGCGGUCCUGGAAACAGGGAUGGAGGAGCAACGGAGCAGGCAGUUGGGGGUCUCUCUGCGUUGUUGUGUGUAAUCCUUGCAGGUCCCCUGCACUCGCACCUCUUGUCCCCAUGUUUCACACAUGGGACCUCAGCUGAGACAGUUUAGCAAAUCACCAAGGCUGCUCAGCCAGGAAAGGCAGAUCUGGAACUUGAACCUGGGUCUGUCUCAUCCCUGAACUCAUGACUUACUGAUCUGCUGUCCAUGAGCCCAGGCCUGGGUCCCAGGAGCCCUCACGGCAUCCGUGGUCUUGGGUCCCGGCCCUGAGCUCCUGCAUUGGAUUCUGGGGCUGUGGGAACAGGAUUCCAUAGACCCGGAGGCUGAAACACAUCAACUUGUCUCACAGUCCCGGGGCCUGAAUGUCUAAAGUCAAGUGUGUGUCAAGUUUCUGAUGGGAGGGAUGGCAUGUCGUAACACGGGGACCUGGGACAUUCAUGUCCUGACUUGCUUAGAGGGACCUGGUUGCAGUGUCCCCUGCCUUCUCCGUGCACCUUGUCUGUGCCGGGUCGGGGUGGGUCCUGCACCCGGGGCACGUGUCUGCACCCGACCUUGUCCUGCACUGGGGGUCAGAGGACUGUGACCUCUGGAGGGAAGGGACAGAGGAGGGGCCGGCAGGAGGCUUAGGACUGAAUCCCAGUCACUCGCCUGGUGACCCUGAGGCAGAGGCUAUGACCGCCUCCCACUGAUACAGGAUGAGGGGCUGUGGGCUGACGGCUCGGGGGUGCUGGGCCAGGGGCGGGGCCCCAUCCUGUACCGGAGGUGGGGGGACUGGUGAGGGCCUGUCAUGCAGUCUGGCUGAGGCUUUCUCAGGCCUGCCUAGGAGGGGACAGAACCACCUCCGACAGCGCUGUCCCUGUCACCUGCUGCUGCGUCCUCUGCCAUCACCCAGGUCCUUGACACUUACCAUGUGGGCGCCCAGCCUGUGCAGGUCAGGACCUGGGGCGGCCACACUGGUGCUGAGUCCCACGGCCCCUCGGACUGAAAUCCAGGUCUGUGUGGAGCUGAGGGAGCUCAAGGCCAACGGGGAGGGUGUGGUUCCCCCUCACUCCUGCCCUUGCAGAGGGAGAGCAUAUUCUGGGGCUGUACUCAGGCCCCCUCUUCCCGGGUGUUAGCCCGUGGCUGCCCCCAGUCCCUGCCUUGUGGGCAUCCCCACAGCACAGCCCCUACAUGGCUCUGGGCUCGUCCCAGCAGCGAGGGACAGGGUGUGAGGGACACAGAAGUCACACUCCUGAGACACCUGCUGUCCCUGAGCUACGUCCAUCACUGCAGCUGAGCUCCGCCCCUCAGAGCACAGCCCAGGGCGCGACCCCCACUGCAGGGCCGGGGCUCCCGUGGGGGGUGGGCGCUGGGCCCUUUGCCCCACGGAGGAAGCUCCCCCUGCACUGGUGCACUUGGCAUUGUCCGCAACGUGCCUAGUGCUUUCCAUCUGUGAUGUCAUCACGUCCAGACGCUCAGCGUUAGGCGGUGAGGACACUCAGGUCAGCAUUCAGGACCCUGUUCAAGGGGACACCCCACUGGGACAGGACCUGAUCCCAGCAUCGCUCCAGAUUCACGCUCUGCCCCAUCCCCCAGAGCCCAGGGAGUCUGCAGGGUGGGUUCAUUAACACGGUGGGUCUAAGGUUUUCUCCUUGUUCUUCAUGACAUACACUCACACUUUCUGUCUCCACU